ACAGCUGUCAGAAGGUAUUGCUCAUUCGCCCACCUCUACUUGAAAAAAAACAAGGCCUAUCAAACGUAUUAAUACACACGAAAUCCCUAUAAUAUUUAGUUUAAAAAUAACUAAAUUUUUUUAUAUUCCACACAAAUUGUUUUGCAAUAUAAUUUGGUCAAGUGUUUACUAAAAGAAAUUGAACUGAACGUAAUAAAAAUAUAUGUAGGUGAAUUGCCACAAUAGGGCCAAGUUGAAAGUGAGGCAAAAACUCGGAAAAAGAAACAGAAGCAAAGGGAGAUAACGACGAAGUACCGGAGCAGCCAAAAUGUCGGACGUACAAAUGGACAGUGCACUUGAUUUGAUGCGUCGCCUGCCACCACAACAAAUCGAAAAGAAUCUGAUAGAUUUGAUUGAUUUGGCGCCAGAACUGUGCGAGGAUCUACUCUCAUCUGUGGAUCAACCGCUUAAAAUAGCAAAAGAUAAGGAACAUAAUAAAGAUUACCUGCUGUGCGAUUACAACCGUGAUGGUGAUUCGUAUCGAUCGCCGUGGUCCAACACUUACUACCCGCCACUAGAGGACGGACAAAUGCCGUCAGAUCGUUUACGUAAAUUGGAAAUAGAAGCUAACUAUGCCUUCGAUCAAUAUCGUGAAAUGUACUAUGAAGGUGGAGUAUCUUCGGUGUAUUUGUGGGAUCUGGAACAUGGUUUUGCAGCGGUAGUUUUAAUUAAAAAGGCAGGCGAUGGCAAUAAAAAGAUACGAGGCUGCUGGGACUCCAUACAUGUCGUUGAAGUACAAGAAAAACCUACGGGGCGAACGGCACACUACAAACUAACAUCUACAGCUAUGUUAUGGCUACAAACGAACAAACAAGGUUCUGGCACAAUGAACCUGGGCGGCUCAUUGACACGUCAAACAGAACAAGAUGCUAAUGUCAGUGAAUCUUCGCCGCAUAUUGUAAACAUUGGCAAAAUGGUUGAAGAAAUGGAGAAUAAAAUACGCAAUACGCUUAAUGAAAUAUAUUUUGGUAAAACGAAAGACAUUAUAAACGGCUUACGUAGCGUACAGCCGUUAGCCGAUCAACGGCAGGAGGUAGCCAUGAAACAGGACUUGGCUGCGGCAAUAUUAAAACGUAAUGUAAAACCAGAAUCGAACUGAGGUGCAUGUGUGUAAUGGGGGAGUAUGACAUUGGCGUUUGCAAUAUACAUACAUACAACAUAUACAUAUAUAUAGUUCAAGUUGCAGAAGAAAACGAAAAUAAUGGCGCAAUAGCAAGCGAAAGGAUUAAAUAAACGGCGAUUAGUGUAGAUGAAGUGUGCUUAGCAGGCACUGUCUGCAUAAAACCAUAUAGAUGCAAUUUUUUUAAUUAAAAAAUAAUUAAAACAAUGCUAGUAACACACAAAAAGGAAACGAAAAAACACAAAUCCUAUGCAAUUAUACUCAAAUUCCAUUUAAAAAGAAAUAAUCCAAACUAAGUUUUGAAUGCCUAAUAAGACAAUGAAAAUUUUAUCGACAGUAAUAAUGCAUGCGUGCAUCAGUAAGCGCUAAACUUACGUGGGCGAUUACUUUCGCUGGAAGCUCGGCAAAAAAAACUGGAUUUCGUAGCCAAUCUCGCACUUGAAAGUUUUAAAAUCACAUUUUUGAGUGUGGCGCCUCCUUGCAUGCACAUACUGUUAUACAAAUUAUAAUUAUAAUAAAUUACCGCAUCGAAAUAUAAUGGACAAAACAUACCAAUAACACGUAAACUAAAGCAUUUGCAUUAUUGUUCAGUAGUGGUGAUUUUUUAGUAAAACAAUUUAAAUGUAGCAAUUGUUAAAGUUGUUGAAAUAAUUUGAAGACAAAUUGAAACUAAAUAUUAAACACAAAGUGAUCGAGAGUAAAGUUUGGUAAGCGAGCUACAUGUGUAAUUAAUUAAUUAUUAGAGAGUAUACAGAAUAAUGUAACUAUCACUACCAAGCAAGAACGUUUAAUUUAUAUAUGUAUGUCCCUAUAAAAGUAAACAAAAUAUGUACAUACAUAUGUAAUGCGCCACAGUCUGAUUGUCAUUUAAAUUGCAAAAACAAAAAAGAAAAGAACAAAGUGAACAAAGCUUAGCGAUAACACUUCUUGUCAAUUGUUUGUACUCUCCCCCCGCCUUCCACCCACGUGAAUGCCUAUUUUGUAUUGUUUAUUUUUAUUUUUUGCUCUCAAUUACUAUAAUUAUUUGUUUCUCUCCGUCAACGUUAAUAAAUAUAAAAAAUAUUAAUAUUUAAGUUACACUGCAUGUAUGUGUGUAUUUAGAACUUUGAACAACAGCCGAUUUAUCAAUUUUAAAUGAGAAAAGUAUAUUUACAUGCAUACAUAAAUAAAAAAAAAAAACAAAACAAAACGAAAAAA